CCUGAAAUGACUUGUUAAUCCGCGCGGACACCACCGAAGGGACUCACCGGAGCGGAAUCCCAAGUGGAAUUUGGAUUUGGAGAAGAGUUUCUUGAACAUUUACUCCUUCCUUGUUGGGGUUUUCUUUUUUUCCCCCCUUUCCUUCUUUUCCCCCCUCUCCCCUUCUGCGCCUGUCACUGGAGAUGAACACAGCGCGUUUGCUUCCCAGAAAGUAGUCGCCGCGACUGUUCCCCCCAAAGAGACCAGCACACAUGUAGGAAUGACAAAGGCUUGCAGAGGAGAGAGCGCAGCUCGCGGCCCGGAGAGAUCUCCUCGAUAAUGGAUUACUAAAUGGGAUACACGCUGUACCAGCCCGCUCCGAGCCCCGGCCGCCUGCCCGUCGAUGCACCGAGAAGGGUGAAGUAGAGAAAUAAAGUCUCCCCGCUGAACUACUAUGAGGUCAGAAGCCUUGCUGCUAUAUUUCACACUGCUACACUUUGCUGGGGCUGGUUUCCCAGAAGAUUCUGAGCCAAUCAGUAUUUCGCAUGGCAACUAUACAAAACAGUAUCCGGUGUUUGUGGGCCACAAGCCAGGACGGAACACCACACAGAGGCACAGACUGGACAUCCAGAUGAUUAUGAUCAUGAACAGAACCCUCUACAUUGCUGCUAGGGACCAUAUUUAUACUGUUGAUAUGGACACCUCACACACAGAAGAAAUUUAUUGUAGCAAAAAACUGACAUGGAAAUCUAGACAGGCUGAUGUAGACACGUGCAGAAUGAAGGGAAAACAUAAGGAUGAGUGUCACAACUUCAUUAAAGUUCUUCUGAAGAAAAACGAGGAUACUUUGUUUGUCUGUGGAACCAAUGCCUUCAACCCUUCCUGCAGAAACUAUAAGAUGGAUACUCUGGAACCUUUUGGGGAUGAAUUUAGUGGAAUGGCCAGAUGCCCUUAUGAUGCCAAACAUGCCAACGUUGCACUGUUUGCAGAUGGAAAACUGUACUCAGCCACAGUGACUGACUUCCUUGCCAUCGAUGCGGUCAUUUACCGGAGUCUUGGAGACAGCCCAACCCUACGGACUGUCAAGCAUGAUUCCAAGUGGUUGAAAGAACCGUACUUUGUCCAAGCAGUGGAUUACGGAGACUAUAUCUACUUCUUCUUCAGGGAGAUAGCAGUGGAGUACAACACCAUGGGAAAGGUAGUCUUCCCGAGAGUGGCUCAGGUUUGUAAGAAUGACAUGGGAGGGUCUCAGAGAGUCCUGGAAAAACAGUGGACGUCUUUCCUAAAGGCUCGCCUGAACUGCUCAGUUCCUGGAGACUCUCAUUUUUAUUUCAACAUCCUCCAGGCGGUCACAGAUGUGAUUCACAUCAAUGGCCGUGAUGUUGUCCUGGCAACCUUUUCCACACCUUAUAACAGCAUCCCUGGAUCUGCGGUCUGUGCCUAUGACAUGCUUGACAUUGCCAAUGUUUUCACUGGGAGGUUCAAAGAACAGAAGUCUCCAGAUUCCACUUGGACACCAGUUCCUGAUGAACGAGUGCCCAAGCCCAGGCCAGGUUGCUGUGCUGGCUCGUCGUCCUUAGAAAAAUACACAACCUCCAAUGAGUUUCCUGAUGAUACCCUGAACUUCAUCAAAACACACCCACUCAUGGAUGAGGCUGUGCCUUCUGUCAUCAACAGGCCAUGGUUCCUCAGGACGAUGGUCAGAUACCGCCUGACCAAAAUUGCGGUGGACACUGCUGCUGGGCCAUAUCAGAAUCACACUGUGGUUUUCCUGGGAUCAGAGAAGGGAAUCAUCUUGAAGUUCUUGGCCAGGAUAGGAAACAGUGGUUUCCUAAAUGACAGCCUUUUCCUGGAGGAGAUGAGCGUUUAUAAUCCAGAAAAGUGCAGCUAUGAUGGAGUAGAGGACAAGAGGAUUAUGGGCAUGCAACUGGACAAAGCAAGCAGCUCUCUGUAUGUUGCAUUCUCCACCUGCGUGAUAAAGCUUCCCCUUGGCCGGUGUGAACGACACGGGAAGUGUAAAAAAACCUGUAUCGCCUCCAGAGACCCAUACUGUGGGUGGGUAAAGGAAGCAGGUUCCUGUGCCCAUCUGUCACCCAGCAGCAGAUUGACAUUUGAACAGGACAUAGAACGUGGCAAUACAGAUGGCCUGGGAGACUGUCACAAUUCCUUCGUGGCUCUGAAUGACAUUUCAACUCCUCUUCCAGAUCAUGAAAUGUCUUACAACACAGUAUAUGGGCACUCCAGUUCCCUUUUGCCCAGCACCACCACGUCAGAUGCGGCGGCUCAAGAGGGGUAUGAGUCUAGGGCAGGAAUGCUGGACUGGAAGGAUCUGCUCGAUUCACCUGACAGCACAGACUCUUUGGGGGCGGUGUCUUCCCGUAAUCACCAAGACAAGAAGGGAGUGAUUCGGGAGAGUUACCUCAAAGGCCACGACCAGCUCGUCCCCGUCACCCUCCUGGCCAUUGCGGUCAUCCUGGCUUUUGUCAUGGGGGCCGUCUUCUCCGGCAUCAUCGUCUACUGCGUCUGCGACCACAGGCGCAAGGACGUGUCCGCGGUGCAGCGCAAGGAGAAGGAGCUCAGCCACUCGCGCCGGGGCUCCAUGAGCAGCGUCACCAAGCUCAGCGGCCUCUUCGGGGACACCCAGUCCAAAGACCCGAAGCCGGAGGCCAUCCUCACGCCGCUCAUGCACAACGGCAAGCUCGCCGCGCCGGGCAGCACGGCCAAGAUGCUCAUCAAGGCGGACCAGCACCACUUGGACCUGGCGGCCUUGCCCACCCCCGAGUCCACCCCGACGCUGCAGCAGAAGCGGAAGCCCAGCCGCGGCAGCCGCGAGUGGGAGAGGAACCAAAACCUCAUCAAUGCCUGCACCAAGGACAUGCCCCCCAUGGGCUCCCCUGUGAUCCCCACGGACCUGCCCCUGCGGGCCUCCCCCAGCCACAUCCCCAGCGUGGUGGUCCUGCCCAUCGCGCAGCAGGGCUACCAGCACGAGUACGUGGACCAGCCCAAGAUGAGCGAGGUGGCCCAGAUGGCGCUGGAGGACCAGGCGGCCACGCUGGAGUAUAAGACCAUCAAGGAGCAUCUCAGCAGCAAGAGUCCCAACCACGGGGUGACCCUGGUGGAGAACCUGGACAGCCUGCCCCCCAAGGUCCCGCAGCGCGAGGCCUCCCUGGGCCCGCCGGGCGCCUCGCUGUCUCAGAACGGCCUGGGCAAGCGGCUGGAGAUGCACCACUCCUCCUCCUACGGCCUUGACUAUAAGAGGAGCUACCCCACGAACUCGCUCACGAGAAGCCACCAGGCCACCACGCUCAAAAGAAACAAUACUAACUGCUCCAACUCCUCCCACCUGUCCCGGAACCAGAGCUUUGGCCGGGGAGACAACCCGCCGCCCGCCCCGCAGAGGGUGGACUCGAUCCAGGUGCACGGCGCGCCGCCGGCGGGCCAGGCGGUGACUGUCGCGCGCCAGCCCAGCCUCAACGCCUACAACUCGCUGACGAGGUCGGGGCUGAAGCGCACGCCCUCGCUAAAGCCGGACGUACCCCCCAAGCCCUCCUUUGCCCCCCUUUCCACCUCCCUGAAGCCCAAUGACGCGUGCACAUAAUGCCAGGGGAGGGGUCAGGUGUCGAAGCCGCGGGAGCGGCCGGGCGCGCCCAGCCGGCGGGGCCCUCCGCUGCCCGAGCCCCCACGGAGCGGAGGACGCCGGCUCCCGGCCCGGGCGCAGCGGGGAGGCGCCGGGCCCCCGGGCCCCCACGCGGGACUCCCCUCCCCUCGCAGGCUCCGCUCUCCCUCACGCUGCGCGACAGGUCGGACUCACGAGAGACUUCAGCGAUCAUCACAAACACGAGCCAAAAGCACACCCCCCCACCCAGCCACCCGCGCGCGCACACACGCACACACACACACACGCGCACACACACAGGUGAACAGUGCCCGCAACCUUCUGUCCGCGACUGUGCGGGGCGCCGCCCAACAGGGCAGGAGCCCCACCUGCAGACCACAAACACGUUUUUACGAAUCAUGAAACGCAAAAAGACAGGAAUAAAAAUAAAAAGUAAAGAAUUCAUUGAUAAUUCUAACUCAGACUUUAACAAUGGCAGAAGUUUACUAUGCGCAGAUACUGUGAAAUGCCCACCAGUGUUACAGCUUCCUGUUCUGAGCAGACGAUGCCGCGUUGGGCAACCAGGUCAUAGGUUUCUGCUCCUCUCUUUUAAUGAAAUAACGUGACCGUUAACGCAAGUAACUCUUUAUUUAUUGUUCACCCUUUUUUCCUUAAGGAAAGGACUCUUCCACAUGCCAUCCUACCAACGGCUCUUCAGGAAGCCCCUUGAAGGUUAAACUAUUUAACGUGAAAUCCAUUAACUGGAAUAAUUGAGUUUAUUUUUACAAUAAAUUCACUGAGUAAAUAAGCUGGAGCUGGAAUUCUGAGCUUUGUGUUUGGACUGUCUGAUCUCUGGCUAGAGGAAAAAGUUGCGAGGGGAAUGAAUAUUUAUUGAAACCAACCAGUUAAUUUGCUGGUCGGGUCUCUGGCCUCUAACAUGCAAAAAAUUAAUUAGCUUAAAAGUCCUUCCAGAUCCUAACUUCUUAACGCAACCGGGAGAGGAACUCUUAGAAUGACACAUCCCGCGGCCCAUUGCUGCCAACGUGGCUUUGUCAGUGGUUCCUACUUUCUGUGAAGGCACCAGCUUGUGAAACCCAUCUCAUUUCACCUUGCAUGUGAGACCGCAAACAAAAUCCACUAAAGGUGUGAACUAAUUAAUAUGCUGGCUGCUACCUUGCAUAAAUUAAUGGUUUGCUCACACGGGUUUUUCGUGGGGUUACAUCUGUGAAUAGCCUCUUUUCCACAUGUAAAUUUGUGCCUUACACCCUGAGUUGUGUACACUUGUAAACUGUCGUUAUGAUAAACUUUCCCCCGCCUUUUGAAAUAAAUGCAGAUAUUUAUUUGACCCUCCCUCCCCCCACUCCCACUCCAGCCCUCUGGAAGAUUCCUAGCGUCUAGCAGAUGGAAGAAGAAUGCAGUGGUGGUGGUGGUGGUUAGAAGCCUGCCCCCCGGGAGAGCUAGGCAGCAGCACACCCUCCAAUUCACACUUCCUUCUACUCGUGCCAACUCCAGCCACCCCUUGGCCAUGCCACCAAGCAUGGACACCAGUGUUGAGGGUGGCAGUACCCUUUCUCCCUCCGGCGCUCCCUGCUUCCCGGUGUUCUCAGAUCAUUUCAACAUGGUGAUAGCCUCCUCGGCCAGCAGAGAAGGGACUAACGUCCCAGCCCUCCUUUCUGCCGUGUCCACUGGCUGGAGAGCACGCUGUCUGCGGUGGCCAGACACCUGGAGGGCGUCUCCAGGCCAGGGGCUCGGCACGCACGAGCACUGCACACAGAGACAUGACGUGGAAGUAGAUACAGGCAGGCUGGUCCCUGCUGUGAUGGACGAGUAACUCCAAGUACAAAGCCAACCACGAUGGAUGCUGCAAAAAACGUUGACCGGGCCAGAAGAUUUGUAAUUUCUCAAAAAAUUUCUUCAUCCUUUUGUUAUUAUUGUUUGUAAGGGGGCGGGUGGGGCGUGUUUUUUCUCCCCCGGUUGGUUCUCAUUAGCUCAAGCACACAGAAGGGACUAUUGUUUACUCUAUCAUGAACAAAGAACUGUCAACAUACUGUAAACAGUGAGCAUUGUUUGGGGUUGUUGUGUUUUUUAACAGUUAAACAGUAUAUUUGGUGGCCUCUUUGUCUCUUUUUAUUUCCAGUUUGAUCUUCUGAGUUUAAUCUUGUCUUAAAAAAAAAAAAAAACUUUCAAAGAAAGACUAUUUGGAACAAUUUUGAGUUUGUUAGUGAAAAAGUGGUACUUCCAUAAUCAGAGUGAGACCAGGUGUGUCGCGAGGACAGACUGGUAGCUUUGUGUUCCUGCAAACCUCCCGCGCAGUUUUGCUGUCGUUUGGGGUAGGUUUUUGUUGUUUUGUGUCGUUAUGCUUUUAUUCUGUUUUGUGAGCAGAAUCAAUGUUCACAUCCUGUGAACUCUGUACCCUGAAACCAACCAUAAAGUCUCUUCUAGAAACUGAGAUCAUUGUUUUUCCCUUCUCCCCGAAUGAAGCUUGACCCCCAAGAGUAUUGACCGGCAGCACCCACGCUCUUGUCCCAUGGGUGGGCAUCAUUGCCUCAGCUGUGUUACGGAGACCUGUGUCAAAACUUCCAGCCCGCGUCCCCACCGCCCCUCAACCCAUCACUUGCGGUGUUCUUCCUGAAAUGCCCACAUGUAUUGAGCUGGUCUUUUGCAUUUAAGUGUUUUUUUCCCUUUUUUUUUUUCCCCACUGCGUGUGGGGGGAGGGUCCAUAAACCUGAGUGUGCCUUUGCUUUCCACCCUUGCUAGACACUGGUAGAUGCAACAAACUCAGAUUUAUAUUUGUUGUAAAGUUGUAAAAAUAUUGUGAUGUCACCAAUUUUCCUUCCAUCUCCACAUCCCCUAACAUCUGAUUCAUGACGUAAUGUAUGUUGUAAAACAGGAAAAAAAAGAAAAAGAAAAGAAAAAAAGGGAAAAAAAAGACAAAAAAAAAAAA